AUGGCGGCAGCAAAUCCAACCAACGUCAUUCGGAGGAAACUCGUCAUAGUAGGGGACGGUGCUUGCGGAAAGACUAGUUUGCUUAGCGUCUUCACACUUGGAUAUUUCCCGACCCAUUACAUUCCUACUGUAUUCGAAAACUACGUUACGGACUGCAGAGUUGAUGGCAAGUCUGUGCAGCUUGCGCUAUGGGAUACUGCCGGACAGGAGGAUUAUGAGCGGCUGCGUCCCCUGGCGUACUCCAAAGCCCACGUCAUCCUCGUCGGCUUCUCCAUCGACACGCCCGAUUCACUCGACAACGUGAAGCACAAGUGGGUAGAGGAGGUUACUCGACUCUGCGAAGGCGUCCCCAUCAUCCUCGUUGGAUUGAAGAAGGAUCUCCGCGAGGAUCCCGUAGCGAUCGAGGAGAUGCGAAAGAAGUCGAUGCGCUUCGUCACACACCAGGAGGGCGAUGCAGCUGCCAAGGAAAUCGGAGCUCGGAAAUACCUCGAAUGCUCCAGUCUGAGCGGCGAAGGUGUCGAUGAUGUCUUUGAGGCUGCGACUCGCGCCGCCUUGCUGACCUUUGAGAGGGGCGAGGUCGAUCUCCUGCUCAUUGUUAUAAGGCUGGAGCUUGGCCAU